CGUCCCUACCGAUGGGGGCUUCCACCAAUGGGCGGCCUGGCGUUAGCGGGCCGCUGGGCACGUGAUCCCGGCGCGGCGGGGCGGACUGCAGCCGCCCCCGCAACAGCGCGCCGUCCCGCCCGGCCCGCCUAGGCCGCACCGCCGCGCCUCGAUCGCUGUUUUCAAGGCUCUGAAUGGCUAGUGAAGAGAGAUGUUCAACCUAAUGGCCAAUUGUUGCACCUGGCUAAAACGGUGGCAGGAGCCUGUCAGGAAGGUGACAUUAAUAAUGGUGGGUCUUGAUAAUGCUGGUAAAACUGCUACAGUCCGAGGAAUUCAAGGAGAGUCUCCUGAAGAUGUAGCUCCAACAGUUGGCUUUUCCAAGAUAGACCUUAAACAGGGACGCUUUGAAGUCACCAUCUUUGAUUUAGGAGGUGGAAAACGAAUUCGGAACAUAUGGAGAAAUUACUAUGCUGAGUCAUAUGGUGUAAUAUUUGUCGUGGAUUCUAGUGACAUUGAAAGAAUGGAAGAAACAAAGGAAGCCAUGACUGAAGUUUUAAACAGCCCAAAGAUAUCAGGAAAACCCGUGUUAGUGCUGGCAAAUAAGCAGGACAGAGAAGGAGCUCUGUCAGAAGCAGAUGUAAUUGAGACCUUAUCUCUGGAAAAGCUUGUCAAUGAGCACAAAUGUCUGUGUCAGAUUGAACCUUGCUCAGCUGUCAUGGGCUAUGGGAAAAAAAUUGAUAAAUCAAUUAAAAAAGGUUUAUAUUGGCUUCUGCAUAUCAUAGCAAAAGAUUUUGAUGCCUUAAAUGAGCGCAUCCAAAGAGAUACUACAGAACAAAAAGCAUAUGAGGAACAAAAGAAAAGAGAACGAGCUGAGCGAGUGAGAAGGAUACGAGAAGAAAGGGAAAGAGAAGAAGGAAGAAGUGUACAUGAUGAGGAGGACCCUGAGCCUGGGAAUUCUGAAAACCCUUUCCAGCCUAUAGCUGCAGUAAUAUCUGAGAAUGAAAAACAAAUUGAAAAGGAAAAGAAGCGGCAAAGGUUGGAGACUGAAAAGGCGACUGUUGUCUCAACAUCUCAGACAGAACAGGAACGAGUGGAUGCUCAGCAAUUAUCAAUUAAUGGUAGUCAAAAAACAAAUGAUACCAGACUAGAAACAUGCAAUUCUACUACUACAGAACAUUUGCAGCAUGAAGAAAAUGAGCAACAAACCUCAGAAAGCCUUGAUUCAGAUAACAGUAAGAAGAAAAAUAAAAAAACAAAAUUAAAAAGAGGCCACAGAGUAGAACCCAUUAAUGGAGAUGAUGCAGUUCCCCCAAAUCCUACACCACCACCAGCUCUUCCACCAGUUGGAUGGGGAACUCCUAAACUUAAUAGACUUCGAAAACUCGAGCCUCUUGGUGAAACACAUCAUACUGAUUUCUAUGGAAAACCUCUGCCACCAUUGACUGUACGCCAAAGACCAAACAGUGAUACCCAUGAUGUCAUUGCUUAACUGGAUCCCAGAUAACAAUGAAAAAACAUGGUCAAGAAAUUGUAUUAUAAAUGAGUUUUGUCCAUGAAGGAAGAUUUUUAAAAUGACAGUCUAUGAGUUUCUUGCAAAGUAAAAAUUCGGUAACAAUUAAACACGGA